GCUCUUAAGUGCAUCUGCACAGCCUCACUACAUUUGUAUGCAUCAUUUAUUUUUCGCAUGGUGACAGCCUGUGGCUCUGUUGUCCCCAAAGUGCCUGUUUCACACAUGCAUGCCUUGCUGCUUAGCUCCUCUGUAAUUUAGCACAAUGAGAGCAAAGGAACCGUAUAGUUGUCAGUCUCUGCCACAAACACACUGCAUACAGAAACGUUUGCAUGGGAAACCACGAGAAACGAACGGAACCUGCUUUAAUCGGUGCAGCAUUCCUCAUCCUCCAGAUCUGAGGAUUAUUUGCCUGAAACCUGGAUUUGCGCCGCAGCACACGGGUCUAACAGCUGAUCGGUACGUUAUGCAACGUAAAUCCGAUCCCAGCACUCUGUGCGGGUGCACGGCAGGAGUACCCGAACGUGAGCGCGCGUGGUGUCUCCGCAUGUGACGUAGUAUUCCUUGUGCCGGGGUGAGCGUUCGGCGGCAGUCGUAUGGGUACGGAAAGUCGGAGCAGGGGAGCUGUGGAUCACUCGUCCGACUAGUGGGCAAUUCUCGGGUCUGAGAUCACGAUAAUUUAGCGAUGUCUGGAGAUAUCGAAGAAACGCAGACGGCCGAGGAGACAUCAGUGGACGAGAAGGAGGUUCAGGACAAGGUCAUCAGUCCUGAGAAGGCAGAGGAGGCUAAGCUGAAGGCCAGAUAUCCAAAUUUAGGAAAUAAACCUGGAGGCUCUGAUCUGCUUCGCAAACGCCUCCAAAAGGGGCAAAAGUACUUUGACUCAGGCGACUACAACAUGGCUAAAGCGAAGAUAAAGAACAAACAGUUGCCAACAGCUGCACCAGAGAAGACUGAGAUCACAGGGGACCACAUCCCCACCCCCCAGGACCUUCCCCAGAGGAAACCCUCUCUGGUGGCCAGUAAACUGGCAGGCUGAUGCACACGUAGCCUCGACAUCCCCUGCAGCACCUGCCAGCCCUAACCCUCUCAUCUCAAGUCUCAGAGCUGUAACCUUACCUCUCCCACCCCCCUCACAGUACCACUUGUCCCCUCUGUCCCCUCCCCAACAGCCUGGACCCCACCUAGCACACAUUGAACUGGCUAGCUGAUACCUUCAAAUCCUGUUUAUUUUUGUUUUCAUCCCACUUGGCCCUGUCUCUACUGCCUCCUGUCCUUGUUUUUGUCCCUCACCACUCCAUGUUAUCCAUGUUCCCUUUUUAUUUUCUCAUUACUUCCAUGUAAGAUACACUGAAAGACAGGACAUCCAAGUGUGACUGUGACGAGUGGACUGUGAUUCUUCUGUACAACUGAUGGACGAUCAAUAUCACAGUGUUUACUGGCUGAAGAGAGGGGCGAGAAGGCAGAAUCUGCGUCUUGUGUGGUUGGAGGACUUUGGUAUAGACAUCAGGAUAUAUAUAUAUAUAUAUAU